UCACAUAGAUGUUGAAUAACAGCGGUCCAAGAACACUACCCUGGGGCACGCCAGACGUGAUACAAAAUGCGCGGGAUUGUGGACUGUGCAGGAGUAUAUCCGGCCUCUAGUAGCAACAAGUAUCGAACUAGUUUUCCUUUCCUUCCUACUUUUGAUCUACGUUCUGGACCGGCAGGCGUCGUACUGCUCAGCAUGCAAGGGUCAUUGGAGAUGCACAUCGAAUAGCUAAAUCCCAAACAAUAAUUGAUAAAUUCGAUGUGCAAUUCCGGUCGAUCCUGGUCAGUAACGAAGUGGCAACCGGUGGUGAUCAAUCAAGCUCAAGCUUUUGUUUGCCUUAAAAAUUGAUAAUUCGGCUCCUGUACAUCGGUACAACUCCAAGUACACUUGGAGUUGAUUGAAAAAUUUGAAGUUAUUGUGAUAAAGUUCGAGCAGUUUGUGUUAAUUUGAUAACAGGUUUUAUUUAUAAUUGAUUUACGUUUGGUUGUUGGGAAAUUUCUAGGUGUCUCAAUUGGAUGUGUGCACCGCGUAGUUGUCCGCCUGAUUGCCCCCAAUCAUUUGAGAGCCUGGAUAGUUUUCCGCUUGUGCGAAAAACACAUUAUGUCCAAGCCUGUACUGGCAGUUUCUUCUUUGUUGCAUGUUAUUUCCUCGGAAAUGUAUGUUUUCUCGGUACAUGCCUCGUCUAUAGUUAUUUCCCCCAUAGUUUUGGUUAUAAUGUUGGUUUUGAUAGUUGUUUUGAGGUGUUGAUAGUUGUUUUGGCCAUGAUGUACGUUGUUGCCAUAAUUGUUAUGAUAUUGCCGGCCUCGUCCUCUAGCGGUAUUUAUAUAUAUUAAGAAAAUUUGCAAGGCUGGUUCGGCAUUGGUUUCAUUAAUUUUCUGGGCGCACUUUGGACCGUCGUGAAUUUUCCGGCCUUCAGGAUUAUUUUCAUUUCGGUGUUGGUUAUGCCAUUUAUAAGCACGUCAACACAAAGUCGGUAGCCAUUCUCUGUGCUACUUCUACAGGUAUUUUGCUAUUAACGUAUAGUGUAGUUAACUUUUGUUUGAGUGUUUCCACUUCAUCACAAAAUUUUUGUCUUUCUCCUUUGUUGGGAAUAGACUUAAGUUUUGCUUUGACAGAGUCUGGUGUUUCAGUGCUCUGACAAGCUUGUUUAAUGCGAUUUGUAAUUUCGUCAAACGUUAGCGGUUAGGGUUGAUAGUGCGGACCGUGCUUUGCGUGCUAACCCGUGUUUUAAUGAAUUUGAUUACCGUAAGGGUGUGUUCUUCGGCUGUUAAUUUUUUCAGUAGGUUUACUGAAUCUGUGAAUGCGUUUCUAAGGGUAUAACAACAUGUAUUUUGGCUUACGUUUGAUGGUAGUUUAGUUUCUCCCUUGGUGGGCGUGACUGCUACCCUGGUUGCCUAGUUGUUGCCAAGUUGCUGCAGAUGUCGUUGUAUUUGUUGCUCUCUGAUUUGUUGCUGAAUUUGUUGCUGCUGCUGUCGUUGCUGAUAUGUUCUUCGUCGUCCCAAGCUGCCAUUUCUUCUCGCACUUCGUUUAAUAUAUUAUCUGCUAUACACUCAUCCAUCGUUGAAGGGGUUUCCAUCGUUUAAUUUGAGAGUCUGAACACUGCCAAUAUUUGGCCACCUGUUUUGAGCUUUUCGGCUUUUUCGUUGCACAUUAUACCUCUGCUGGUGGAGAUGAUUAGUUUUCCUUGCUCUACAGCUAAUAGUCUUUUUACCAAUUUUCCCACGUUUUUCGCCUUCAUUGCUUCGAAUGGAGUCAGCACCUCGAUGUUUUGUAAUGUUUAUGCACAUUAUGUGGUUUAAUGCCUAAACUUGCUUAACUACGAACUUUGAGCCUGUGUCUAUAUAGACCGGUACUUGCACUGAGUUUGCUACUUGCAGUCUUUUAAGGCUUUCUAAAAAAUUUCACUGAUAUUUCCAUAGUCUUUCUAUGUUGGCUAGCGAUUUUGCUGCCUUCAAAGCCUGCAUUUUUGUGUGUUCUUUAUAAAUCCUGAAUAUUGUCAGGCAUAGUUGUAUUGCUACGAUUAUCAGAAUAAUAGUGGUUUUAAGAUCACUGUACUGGUGGAAUUCUUCAUGCCACUCCAGCUGAUUCAGCACUUGCACUUGAAGAUUUUCGCUACUUAUUGAGUCUUUUGAGUAGCUUUUACCCAUUAUGAUAUUCAAUCCGACUGUGUUUAAUGUUAAAGUUCACGAAAUCACUUCACUUCACUUCAUUUUGCAGUACUUGAUUUCUUAAUGGUAGAAAGAAAGAGAAGGCUGGAGCCGGGAUGGAUAUUCUACAGACAAAGAAUUUGGAUGGCACUGGCCCUACUCAAUAUGUGUAAUUUGAAUCCAUUUGCUUCGCUGACUUUUGCUAGCAGCGAUGCCUGCGCGACGGGUAUGGAGUUAAAGAAUUGGCGAAACGAUAGCGACGCACAGUGGUUCGAAUUGUAUGGCAAGGGCGGUCAUAAAUCAUUUUUUUACAGUAUUGCUUUUGAAAACUACUGAAAUUGACAGAAUCAGGUGUUUUUCGACUAUAACAAACUCUUCUGGGACUGCCAUCAUCCAACUUGUUUAAAUUUUCUGGCAUUGCCAUUAUUAUGCAUGCAUGAUAGGGUGCCAAUCGAGUAUAGGGAAAAGUUUGACCAUUGAAUUUCAAAAUACGGCAGCUUUCAAAAGUUUUGCCUUCUCGAAAAAAGACCCUAUGUAAAAUUUAAGCACAAUCUGGUUUCGUUGAGUGAACCCCAAAGCGAUCAAAGUUUGAUUUUUCUUUUUUACGUUAUUCUUCUGGAAUAACUUCAAAAAAAUUUGAUAUUUUCUCAAGAAACUCCCGUAUUUCAACACCAAAUAUCAAAAUUCGAAUAUAGACAAACAUUUAAGAACAAAUUUGUAAAUUUGAGCUGAUUGUACCACAACCCUUCUAAGAAACUAUGUAAAAAGUAUGAAAUUCAAACGAAAAAGUAACCAUGUUUAGCCGCUUGUCAUCGACUAACAUGCAAAUACCUGCAGCUGCAAUCUUUAACAAAUCAUUUUUAUGUCCUAAAUCUUUCGUUUGGUGGUAAUUUGGUGAUAGUAUCUCGCGCGGAACACAUUUGAAAGUUUACAUGAAUUUAAGUAUGGGUACUACGUUCCCUCUCACGACUAAUUAUAAUUACAGUUUAGCACAUACCUAUCCAAACAACACCGCAAUAGCAAAACAAACCUGUUUUCUGAAAGCUCAUGAUGAAAAUAAACAUAUUAACCUAUUGAAUUUGUUCUACAGCGGAUAUGUACACAAUGUAAAAAAACACAUCUGUUUAAGUUGAUUUUGCGAGUGUCAAACACCUUCCCUUAUCUCGUGCUCAAAAGUAAAUUGUUCAUAAAAUAGGCCAACAAAAACAGCUUUUCUGCAUUCUCAGGUCUAUAACCGAUCCAUUUAAUCAAUAAUAGCCAGAAAACAAAAAAACUUUUUUUCUAUUUUUGGCCUAUGGGCGAGCCACUGUGCGACGGUGCUGUUGCACUGUCAUCUGAUUGCAAUAAAAGUUGUAUUGUUGUAAGAUUUGUAUGAAAGCGGAUGGCUUUCAGUAACGUUGUGUUUUGUUUUAGGCCAGUGGCUCUCAACUUAUGACAUCUGUGCGUGAUUCCUUAUGAGCGAUAAAGGGAUUGUUUGUCCGGAUGACGAAAGUCUCAGAAAUUUUCCAUCCAUUUGGAACAUUAUGACCAAAGUUCGUUUUGAAGCAUUCCUAUGGGGAGCAGGAACUGCACUUGGAGAGCUCCCCCCUUAUUUUAUGGCCAGAGCGUCAAGGCUGUCGAAUGAUAAGCAUGAAUUUAGAAACAUAAGUGAACUGGAAAAACUACAGAAACGCAAGGAGCAUGGCGAGAAACUAAAUCUUUUUGAAAGCGGCAAGUUGGCAAUGGAAAAAUUCGUAGAGAAAGUUGGUUUUUUAGGAAUACUGCUCUGUGCAAGUAUUCCCAACCCACUCUUCGAUCUUGCUGGAAUUACUUGUGGACACUUCUUAGUACCUUUCUGGACGUUCUUUGGAGCAACGUUAAUAGGAAAAGCAAUUGUUAAGAUGCACAUACAAAAAAUAUUUGUAAUUAUUGCGUUCAAUGAAAACCUCGUUGACAAAGCAGUGGAUAUGUUGAUAUUGAUUCCAAUAUUUGGAAAAAAAUUGCAAGAACCAUUCAAAUCUUUUUUAAAGAACCAAAAGCUCAGACUUCAUAGAGAGUCUGCUAAAUUAGUUCAAGCUUCAUCUAAUAUUAUUCAAAAAACAUUUGAAUAUUUGGUGUUUUUAAUGAUCUGUUUUUUCAUUGUAUCUAUUGUUAAUUCUCUAGCUCAAAGUUAUCAGAAGAAAAUACAAAAAAAUCCAAAGAAAAGUAACAAAAAACUGUAAUGCGCAGGUAAUAGGUAAUAGUAUACAAUAAAUAAAAAAAAAUCUUUUUCAGUUCCUAUUCA